AAGCGUACGAGCUUUUUGGCCUUUCAACCGAACCGCUAAGUCAGUCGCUGAAAGAUCGUUGCCGCGGAAGCUUUGAGCCGAUCGCAAGCCGGGGAACAACGUACGUUCGCGCGUGCGAGCCUAGAUAUUUCGGCUGUUUCGAGAUCGACACUCGAGAUUGAAUCGACGUUAUCGCGCGUGACAGUGAAGGGAGAAGGGAGUAGUAGUAGUAGUAGUAGUAGUGCAACCACCAGUUGCCUACGCAGCGCAGAAGGGCAGCCUUUUUGGAAGGUACAUGACAGCUUGCAUUGCACUGCAGUGACAGGCGUUAUUGACUCCCUCCAAUUGAGACCUAUUGGAGCUCGCUUGGAUUGAGCGAAUCGCCAGCCGCGAGAAGAGAUGCUGUGCUGGAGCUUGGUGCAGAAAAUAGUUGUAACGCUGCGGUUGCGCCCAGACCAAAAGUGUUAAGUGAGCACGAAAAUAGAACCAUAUUUCACGGCGUACACCCACAGCAAAACGAGACCCUGCCUCUUUUGUGCGGCGGAUGGAAGCGAAAUAAGUGGUGCAAUUUGGAUGGUAGAAUUUAUGGCCAUAGUGUACAAGAUCGAUUGUGUUUCGUUGGCCACCAGAGCGGGGUGGUUGCUCUAAUUUCACAGUGCACAAGUGAUGGAGUGUGAAAAUUGUACCGUGAAAUCUUCCACCGUUUUAAACCACUGGAUCUCGUUAACAGUUGUAUUCCUGUUCUAAGAAGCUUCUUACAAGCAUAUCCAAAGUGUGUAUUUCUUCUGAACGAGCGUUUAAAAAGUGCUUUUUGUUCUACCGUACUCAGUGUUGCAAGGGCCACAAGCUUUUUCAUAUCACUUUCAGCGCCGAAACCCGAAGCCACGACAUUGGAGCACCGUACCGUAUUGGGUUUUGCAAAUCAUUUCCUGUGGUGGUUUUUGUAGUGGCUGCUGUCGAAAAAAAAGGGAUGCACCAAAUAUCUGCACUGCACAUUCGCGUAUCGUGGUCCGUGUAUCUGUAUGCUGUUGCAUUGCAAGGUCCAGAAAUGGUACAGCUGCAGCACCACUGUUAACGUGUGCUAUUUUCAUCUAAGUGUGUUUUGUAUGUGUGUGUUUGGGGGUGUAUUGGUGUGAUACUCCGUUCACGGCUGUUGCGUUCACAGUCAACGCAGCGUGACCGCGACAACCGUCAAACUACUGAUGUCCUUUUUUGCUAACCGUGAUGAGCACAGAGAACGUGAAAAUUGCAGAAAUCUAUUCGCUGUUUGUGUGAGUCGUUGCCCAAACGAAUUGCGGGACAGGGCAGUUGUGUGUGCAAAUUGUGACCACAGAAAGCGGUAGCACAAAUAAAAAAGUGGAGCUGAAAAGUUAGGACACAGUGAAAUCAGCCAAAUCAUCGACAGAAUGGAGCCGGACGAACUAAUCACGAUUCGGGUCCAAUACCUCGUGGACAGUGACCCGUUCAACAGUCUGUCCAUGUAUCCGAUUCCGUCCCGGGCUCCAGUGUUCUCGUUCGCCAGUGCCGUACCAUUGGCAACGCAGCUCGGAGCGCUGCUGCGCCAUCUCGGUGCUCCACAAAGGCUUGAUGAUGCGGCACUACAAGUAUACAAAGACGGAGACUAUGGAGCAUACCUCGAUCUGGAAUCGUCGCUGGCCGAACAAUCCGAAGAUAUUGAAGGGCUCAACGCAAACCGCAAAAACUCCCUGGUCGUCCGUACGCAGCUCAGCGUCCGAGUUCACUCCAUUAUCGAAAAACUUCUUUCCUCCGAAGGCCGCGAACUGCGACGGGUGCUAUUUUCGUUGAAGCAAAUCUUCCAAGAGGACAAAGACCUGGUGCACGGAUUUGUUGCCCACGGGGGUCUCAACUGCCUGGUGCAGAUAGGCAGCGAAGCGGAUCAGAACUAUCAAAACUACAUUCUGCGAGCUCUCGGACAGGUGAUGCUCUACGUGGACGGUAUGAACGGUGUGAUGAAACAUUCGCCGACCAUCCAGUGGCUGUACUCGCUGAUCGCGUCACGCUAUCGGUUGGUGGUGAAGACAGCGCUCAAGCUGUUGCUUGUCUUUGUCGAGUACUGUGAGGGCAACUGCUACUUGCUCGUAAGCGCCAUCCGAUUCAUGGAUACGGCCCGCGGCGUUGUGCCGUGGAACAACAUCAUGCGGCUUCUUAAGGACUACGAAAAUGCCGAUACCGAACUGUUGAUCUACGCUACAUCACUGAUCAACAAAACUCUGUCGGGCUUGAGCGAUCAGGACAGUUUCUACGACGAGAGUGACUUCCUGGAGCAGCAGGGCAUGGAGGGCAUCAUCCAGCGAUACAUGUCCCGCCCAGGCACUGAUCUCGAUUUGCUCGAUCAGCUGCAGUUGUACGAGAGUGUUCUGAGAUUCGAGGAUGGUGAGUGUGACGGUAUACGCAUACCGGAUAACACUGUGCGUAAAACGCUUCGAUAUCGUUCCACUGGCAACGAUACGACCGAUCGACGGAAAUCGCGUCGACAUAGCACGGGAACGGCUCCACCCCAACCGCCUUCAGUUGCUCCGCCGCCUCCACCACCACCUCCACCGAUGCCAGCGUACACCAUGUACUCGGCACCGCCCAGUGGACCUCCACCACCACCGCCGCCCCCAUUGCCUCCACCAGUGGUUCCGGUACAGCUGUACGGAGGACUCCAGCUGCCCGGACAACGUCAACAGGAUGAGGACAGUUCCAGCUCGGCUCACAGUGGUGAUCACCUGCCUGGCUGUGGAUAUCACGAUCCGUCCCGUGACACUACCGGAGUAACGCCUGGACUGCGACGACGCCGCGAACGAGCCGAGCGGCAAAUGAACUUAAUGCGCGAACAGCAAGAACUCGGUCAAUUCCCGAACGGCAUUGUGCCAGCCGGAGAAGAUGGAAAUAAUGCAACCAAUGGAUAUCUCGCGGGACAUCGAAAUGGUGCAAGCAACUAUCGCAGACAGUCUGGCGGUACCGGACCACUCACGAACUCGUCGCUGCUAGCACCGCCAACCAUCCACGAAGAGGACAAACUUCAGUUACGUCUCAACGGCGGUCUAACCUCGUCUGUGAUUUUGCAUAAGCAACAACCAUCUAAUCAUAUAGAACACACGAACAUGCAUGCUAAUGGGCACGGUGCAGCCAACGCUACAUCCCAACUGGACAGUGUCGAGUAUCGCAAUAGUCGUAAUCUAUUGCUCAAGAAGCAUGGCACUAGCGGUGGCAGUAUGGCGUCUGUCUCAAUCUCCAACGGCACCGCCCCUGAUCGGUAUAAGGCAGAUCUCAAUGGAAAUAGUGUUAGAAGUACACGCACCUGUACCGGCGUGUUGUCGGAACAGGACGACGAAAACAAAAGUCCCAAUAUUAAGACACAGAUGAUGGGGCUAUCGGUUGCGUACGGGAAGCAGCUAGCAAACGGUAAGGAUUCCUCCGACACGAGCUACCAUCGACGUUCUGCCACGAGCACGGCCUAUGAACGGUCGAAUGGUUCGUUGAAUGGAGGCCACGUUGAGCCCAAGGGGCAAGAUCUCCCACCGGUUCCAGCAGAAUCGGAUAACGAAGAUAAGAAGCUAAUUCUACAGCUAAAGAAGGACCAUACAGUGAAAGAUUUGACCCAGAAGCUAAGCUGCCUACCGCUAAGCCCGCAAGAGGAGAAGCCUCAAAAUCGUAUCGGUGACAUGUCCGGCCUGAUUUCCAAAGCUAAGGAAGGGCUGGCUAAGAGCAAAAGUAACAAGGACAUCUCUCGAUCGCCCAGCGUUGACAAUGACAUCAAAAAGCUUGCCAACGGAGAACCGAAAAAGUCCGAAAACGAGCUCCACUGGGAAGAGAUUGUGAAGAACAUGACGCGCAAGCUGAGCCUGUGUGAUCUGGACUUUACCGAUCUCACCUCGGACGACGAUAAGGAUUUGCUGGCUCCGCGGGGCUUCGGUGGAGCUGUACCACCGCCGCCACCUCCCAGCGGUAUGCUGAUGAACGGUAUGCCCCCUCCACCGAGUAUGAUGCGCCCGCCACCGACCAACCUGGUACCGCUAUCAGGCAGCAUGAUGAAUGGUAACGGGCUGCCCCAACCGAACAGCUUGGACGGGUCGGCGGCCAUUAAGAAAAACAAAAAGACUGUGAAACUGUUCUGGAAGGAGGUGCGUGACGACAUGAUUCCUGCCGUUAUUCAGCGCACCAUCUGGGAUGAGUUGCCCGAAGCGAUUGUAGACACGCAAAAGCUGGAGCAUCUGUUCGAAUCAAGAGCCAAAGAUUUGAUGACAAAGGAGAAGCAACAGGAGCUAAACAAGAACAAGGAAAUCAUCGUCCUGGACCAUAAGCGCUCGAACGCGAUCAACAUCGCCAUGACGAAGCUGCCUCCCCCGAGAGCGAUUAAGGCGGCCAUUCUGAAGAUGGACUCGACCGUCGUAACACGCGAAGGCAUCGACAAGCUGCUGAACAUGCUGCCCACCGACGAGGAGCGGUGCAAAAUCCAGGAGGCACAGAUGCUCAACCCAGAGCUGCCGCUCGGCACGGCCGAACAGUUUCUGCUGACCCUUUCCUCCAUCUCCGAGCUGGGGGCUCGGUUAAAGCUGUGGGCGUUCAAGCUGGACUUUGAAAACAUCGAGAAGGAAAUUGCCGAACCGCUGAACGAUCUGAAGCAGGGCAUCGAGCUGCUGAAAUCGAACCUCACCUUCAAAUGCAUCCUGUCGACGCUGUUGAACAUUGGCAUCUUCCUGAACGGUGCACCGGUGAAGGGUUUCCAGAUCGACUAUCUGGCGAAGGUGCCCGAGGUGAAGGACACCGUGCACAAGCACUCGCUGCUGCACCAUCUCUGCCACAUGGUGAUGGAAUCGCAGGCCAACACCACCGACCUGUACUCGGAGAUAGGGCCGAUCACGCGCGCUUCCAAGGCGGACUUUAACGAGCUGGCUCACAACAUCGUCUAUCUGGAGACGGAGUGUAAGGCGUCCUGGGACCGGUUGAAGCUGAUCGGCAAACACGAUACCGCACCGCAUCUCAAGCAGAAGCUGAUUGAUUUUCUGGCCGACUGUGCCGAACGGAUUAUCAUCCUGGACAUAGUACAUCGGCGGGUAUUGAACAGGUAUCGCAAGUUCCUGCUAUGGCUCGGUGUGCCCCAGCUACGAAUCGCCGAAUCACGGCCGAACGAAUUCUGCCGGAUAGUGUCUGAGUUUGCGCUCGAGUAUCGAACGACGCGCGAACGGGUUCAGCAGCAGAUCGAGAAGAAGGCCAACCAUCGAGAGAGAAACAAGACUAGAGGCAAGCUGAUUGUGGAUGUUGCCAAGCUCAAAACGCAAGAGGACCGGGCGGAUGACGAGCUGCGCACGCUGCUUGGCACACCGACCAAGGGCCCCGGUGGAGAUGAGGUGGAGAUGAGCGGUACAUUAACCUGGCGCCGGCGUCGCGGUGACGCGACAGCAUCCCCCGUCACGCUCAUGAACUCGCACCCUACCGUACCCAGUCCGGGGCAGAACUCCGUCUCGGUGAUGGGCGGACGGGACGAAAGCUUCACCGAUGGCGACGAUGAGAUAUUGGAGUCGCUAGUGAAAACGGCCACCAAAACGGCCACCCCGCGGCCAAUGCAAAGGGAGCGAAAACGUACGCGCCAGGCAGAUCGGAAAUCAUUACGCCGCACGCUGAAGAACGGAUUAUCGGAGGAGGAAAAGCAACAUGUAGCCUCGUUAAUAAAAGGAUAUUGAAUUCGGGCCGCAUCAUCACCCGCACCCAGCUGGAAACGGGCAGGCGAGGAACCGCGGGCGGAUCGAAGGACAUUUGCGCUGCGGGCUGAAUCUAUGUGAUGGGUGUGCGUGUGCCUAUGUUUGUGUGACUGAACGGCUGCUAUGCCGCUGUACCGUGGACAAAGCGCUGCUUCGUGAGAUGUUCCAAGAUCGAUACGCCUCUCCAGCACCAGCACUUUGUUCCGCUUGAAGUAAUUCCAAUGGGUGGGAUCAAUUCGAGAAGCUCACUGUUUCGCGAGCGUGAAACAGAUCAUUUUAUAUCACUAUAACCAAAAUGGAACCGAAACAAACUUAGCUAGGCCAAAUAAGCAGAUAGGCGGAACCGAUUGGGAUGCCUUUGGGAUGGGCAAUAGAGAGAGCGAGAGAGAGAGAGAGAGAGAGAGAGAGAGAGAGAGAGAGAGAGAGAGAGA